CUGGUGGGGACAUAUGAGCGCUGCCACAGGCCUGGAAUAUCCCAGGCGAGUAAGAAUAGCCCCCAAUAAGAGAUGACUGCUGCUUGCUCUGCUGGUCACCGCAGUUGUCAGGAAUGUUUUGCCUCAGAAACAAAUGGCUUAGGGCCGACUCAACUUGGAGACAGAAAAACCCACCUCCUACUCCUGGCUCAAACCUUUGCUUUCUUAUCUGCAGCUCACACCUUUAAGUCUUAUGUAGUUAAAGGACAUUUAUCCGGGCAAGGAUUUUUCCACCUCCUUGGAGAACACAGCCCUCCAGUGUCUCCUGCAGCCUGAGCCUGGGACAUUCUGGAAGCAUGGAAGGCGUGGACUUGCUAGGGUUUCUCAUCAUCACACUAAACUGCAACGUGACCAUGGUGGGAAAGCUCUGGUUCGUCCUCACGAUGCUGCUGCGGAUGCUGGUGAUUGUCUUGGCAGGGCGACCCGUCUACCAGGACGAGCAGGAGAGGUUUGUCUGCAACACGCUGCAGCCGGGAUGCGCCAACGUUUGCUACGACGUCUUCUCCCCCGUGUCUCACCUGCGGUUCUGGCUGAUCCAGGGCGUGUGCGUCCUCCUCCCCUCCGCCGUCUUCAGCGUCUAUGUCCUGCACCGAGGAGCCACGCUCGCCGCGCUGGGCCCCCGCCACUUCCCCGACCCCCGGGACCCGGCCUCCGGGCAGAGACGCUGCCCGCGGCCAUGCAGGGGGCGCGGCGGCCUCCAGGUGCCCGACUUCUCGGCCUGCUACAUCAUCCACCUCCUCCUUCGGACCCUGCUGGAGGCAGCCUUCGGGGCCUUGCACUACUUUCUCUUUGGAUUCCUGGCCCCGAAGAAGUUCCCUUGCACGCGCCCUCCCUGCACGGGCGUGGUGGACUGCUACGUGUCGCGGCCCACGGAGAAGUCCCUGCUGAUGCUGUUCCUCUGGGCGGUCAGCGCGCUGUCUUUCCUGCUGGGCCUCGGGGACCUGGUCUGCAGCCUGCGGCGGCGGAUGCGCAGGAGGCCGGGACGCCCCACGAGCCCCUCCAUACGGAAGCAUAGCGGAGCCCCAGGCCACGCCGAGGGACGCUGGACUGACGAGGAGGGUGGGCGGGAGGAAGAGGGGGCAUCUGCGCCCCCGGGUGCACGCGCCGGAGGGGAGGGGGCUGGCAGCCCCAGGGGUACAUCCAGGGUGUCAGGGCACACGAAGAUUCCGGAUGAGGAUGAGAGUGAGGUGACAUCCUCCGCUGGCGAAAAGCUGGGCAGACAGCCCCGGGGCAGGCCCCACCGAGAGGCUGCCCAGGACCCCAGGGGCUCAGGAUCCGAGGAACAGCCCUCAGCAGCCCCCAGCCGCCUGGCCGCGCACCCUUCCUGCAGCCGCCUGCAGCCCCCUGACCCGCCUGCCAGCUCCGGCGGUGCUCCCCACCGGAGAGCCAGGAAGUCUGAGUGGGUGUGAAAAAAACAGCACAUGGCCGUGCCCCGGGGCUCACGCCUGUAAUCCCAACGCUUUAGGAGGCCCAGGCAGGAGGAUCGUUUCAGAAUAUAUCUCCUUGCCCAGGAGUUUGAGACCAGCCUGGGCAACAUAAUGAGAGCCUCGUCUCUACAAAAUAUCUAAAAAUUAGCUGGGCACAGUGGAUCCCGCCUGUAGUCCCAGCUACUUGGGAGGCUGAGAUGGGAGGAUCAUUUGAGCCUGGGAGAUCCAGGCUGCAGUGAGCCAAGAUCAUGGCACUGCACUGCAGCCUGGGCAACACAGUGAGACACUGUCAAAAAAAAAAAAAACAAAAAACCGCCAAGCAGAGCUGAGAGAGCCCGGCUGUCCUUGGCACACGGGAAUGCCUGUGCUGAUGCACACUCACUUUGGCACCUGUAAAAUCUCAUCACUCAACGAAGGUCCUCAGGCAGAAGGGCCGGGGACGCACGGACGUUACAGGCGAUAUAGUCUCAGUACGGAUUUAAUUUAGAUAACACAUUUUAUUAAAAAAAAAAAAAAAAGCACAUGAUGUUCAAAUGCCCCAACAAAACUAAAGUGAUGAACUGGAGUCAGCUUUCUGAUGAUGGUGAGAUGGUUCUGUCGGCCACACUUUCCCGGUUCUAUUAUCAAAUUCUUUGCCGUGUGUUUCAUGUAAGGCAUGUUUUCUUCCAUUAGUAUAGUUUAUUAAUGUUUAAUAUUUUCUAGUGAAUUAUCAUGAGGUUUUUUUGUUUUUCUGCUUUGGAUAAAAGAAGCAUCUGUUAUGCAUGUCAUAAAUAGACAUUAAACUUCU